CUCCACUAGCCAUGGUUUCCCCCACAUGCGUGACGGACGGUGUCGCAGGUAAACAGGCUCACCGAGAAACUCUUCCGCUGCUGUUUUGGUUCCGAGAUACAAACAUGGCGUCCGCCGUGCUGAAGGUUGCAGUGGCAGGUCUUUCCAGAUGUUCUCGUCUCACACUCCUGAGGACACAUUCAACGACAGCACCCCUCCAUCAGGGCGUUCCUGGAUCGCUGUGGAAGCUGGGGAGGCUGAACCACAUUGCCAUUGCUGUCCCUGACAUGGAGACGGCCACAGCUCUGUAUCGGGACGUGCUGGGGGCCACAGUGAGUGACAAGGUGCCCCUGCCCGAGCACGGAGUCUACACAGUGUUUGUGGAGCUUGGCAACACUAAGCUGGAGCUGCUUCAUCCGCUGGGGGAGAAGAGCCCAAUCGCUGGCUUCUUACAGAAGAACAAGUCUGGAGGGAUGCACCACAUUUGUAUUGAGGUAGACAACAUUAACGCUGCAAUAGCCGACCUGAAAGCAAAGAACAUCAGAACUCUGUCAGCAGAGCCCCUCAUAGGUGCUCAUGGGAAACCAGUGAUGUUUCUCCAUCCUAAAGACUGUGACGGUGUGCUGGUGGAGCUUGAAGAAGCAUGAACACCUCAGUCUGACAGGGACUGUGGGAGCUGUUAAUUCACAUUAAUAUAUUCCACAGUCAGUUUAAUAAUCACUGAGAACAAAUGUUGAUUUUCUAAUAUUGUUCUUAUGGCACUGAGGUUUUGAUCUUCCCAUUUCAGAAAGGUGCCUCAAAGUUUUUCUUCCAGUUCUGUUUCAGAGCCUUUCUUGACUUUCCUGUUUUGUUGGGAAGACAUUAUGGUGUGAUGUGUGUUUUGGCAGUUUCCAUAAAGUGUAAUGUUCAGUGAAUGUCCAUUUGCAUUUGAGUUCACUCCACUAUCCUCUAGUAGAAUGACCACAUACAGUAUCCAGUGCAUGCUGCAGUAGGAAAGAAAUAAUAUUUAGAAUGCAGUUCCAGCUGAUGAGUUCUCCCUAAUACCUAAAAAGGGGACGAUAGAUCAAAUGGCAGUGUUGUGUUUAAUGUAAUUUUAAUACAGAAUUUGGGAUGUUUGGUAAUUUUUAACCAUAACACAAUUUAUUUUUACAUGAUCUACAACUCAUGCAGUUUUAAUUUCACUGUAUUGAUGCAGAUUCCAAAAUGAAAAGGGUUGAAUUAAAUUUACAUUUUUGGAUAUUUUA